AUGAAAGCCGCGGGAGGCUGUAGUAUCCCACCACCGGCGUCUCCAAAACCCAGGCUUUAAGACGCACGAGGAGUCACGGCGCGUUACAUUUGGAGCAGUUGAGAAAGUUCCGCGGCUGUAUACAAUGGUUAUAAAUGGGUCUCACCUGAACAGCUCCUCGCCAGACCCCAGUGACACCGUCCAGAACCGCCCCCCGUGGGUCACCACAACUUUGGGGUGCUUUCUCAUCUUCACUAUCGUUGUUGACAUCCUGGGCAACCUUUUGGUCAUCUUCUCCGUGUAUCGGAACAAGAAACUUAGGAACGCAGGGAACAUCUUUGUGGUGAGCCUGGCGGUGGCAGACCUGGUGGUGGCCAUCUACCCGUACCCUCUGGUCCUCUCCUCCAUCUUCCACAAUGGCUGGAACCUUGGCUACGUCCACUGCCAGAUCAGCGGCUUCCUCAUGGGCGUCAGCGUCAUCGGCUCCAUCUUCAACAUCACCGGCAUCGCCAUCAACCGCUACUGUUAUAUCUGCCACAGCCUCAAGUACGAUAAACUGUACAGUGACAAAAACUCCGUCUGCUACGUGCUGCUCAUCUGGGCGCUGACUGUGGUGGCCAUCGUGCCCAACCUGUUCGUGGGCUCGCUCCAGUACGACCCGCGGGUUUAUUCCUGCACGUUCGAGCAAUCGGCCAGCUCGGCGUACACUAUCGCCGUGGUUUUCUUUCACUUUAUUUUGCCCAUCAUGAUUGUCACAUACUGCUACCUGCGCAUCUGGAUACUGGUCAUACAGGUGAGGAGGCGGGUCAAGCCAGACAACCGGCCCAAGCUAACGCCGCACGACGUUAGAAACUUUGUCACCAUGUUCGUGGUGUUUGUGCUCUUCGCCGUUUGCUGGGCGCCCCUCAACUUCAUCGGCCUGGCUGUAGCGAUCAAACCGGAGGUGGUGGUCCCCCUCAUCCCUGAGUGGUUGUUCGUGGCGAGCUACUUCAUGGCCUACUUCAACAGCUGCCUUAAUGCCAUCGUGUAUGGUGUGCUGAACCAGAAUUUCCGGCGCGAGUACAAGCGCAUUGUCGUGUCGGUGUGCACGGCACGCAUCUUCUUCCAGGACAGCUCCAACGACGCGGGGGAGAGGCUCAAGAGUAAACCGUCUCCACUCAUGACCAACAAUAACCAGGUCAAGGUGGACUCUGUCUGAUCCAGAGGAAUAUUUAGCGGACAUCAAAAACAUAUGCUGUGACUGAGAGUUAAAAAAACAAAAACAAAAGGCAGAGUGAGAAAAAUACCAAAUAUAAAUAUAAAACAGCUCCGACCCUCUGAGCUGUCCACAGACUGUCCUAUGGUGCUAUGUGACCUCUGAACAAUCACAGUAAGAACAGGGGUGAAUAUUAUCUUUGUCUUUUAUCAAGCACUUUUGUUUGACUCUGCAGUACCUGUAGUACAGUAAAUAUAUGAUGUCCGUUUUGUUUUCAUGUUUACAGUGAUGAUAUAAAUGUAUCAUGCAUUAUACAAGUAUUUAUUUUGUAUGAAACGUCAUGUAGAUAUAUGGUAAGAUAUAUCGGGUUCCAGUUAAAUGAAGAAAACACCAUUUUAUCGGGCAAAUGAAGAAAAAAAAAUCGACAAAACUUGGUUUUAAAAUAUAACCAGAAGUUUAUAAAUGAAGUUAACCAAUUUUAAUAACCUCAUUUGUGACACUGUACCACUAAUUGAGUGCAAGCAAUGUGGGUUGCUGCUGUCUUAUUAUACCCUGCAAUACAUUAAGUGGAAUAUAUAUUUUAGUCUCUCUCUCUCUCUCUCUCUCUCUCUCUCUCUCUCUCUCUCUCU